AAAAAAAAAUGCUUCGGUUCAGCUCCGUCGAUCACCCGUAAUCCUAUAUAAACCCGGGACGGCCUCUCCUUGAUCUCCAUCCAUCCACAUCUCCACUGCUACCUAGUCAAGUCUUCUGUACUCGGAAGAAUCAGCCAAGCUUCCACAAUGGGGGCUCUGCCUCGCGGCCUGCUUAUCGGCGUCUGCGCCGUCCUGUUAGCGGCCGUGCUCGCCCAUGCUGCGGAGCCCGAGGCCGCCUCCAUGGUCGUUGGCUUGGCCAAGUGCGCCGACUGCACCAGGAAGAACAUGAAAGCUGAGGCAGCGUUCAACGGCCUUAAAGUGGCUGUCAAGUGCAAGAACGCCGACGGCAUGUUCGAGACCAAGGCCCUCGGCGAGGUUGACAAGUCCGGCGCCUUCAGCGUCCCGCUCGCAGCAGACCUCCUCCGCGAGGACGGCGAGCUGAAGCAGGACUGCUUCGCGCAGCUCCACAGCGCCACCAACCAGCCAUGCCCCGGACAGGAGCCGUCCUGGAUCGUCAGGCCGUCCAGGGAUGACGACGAAAAGAAGAAGACCUUCGUCGCGGUGGCCGGCAAGAUGCACUACUCAUCAAAAGAGUGCGCCUCCGCGUUCCUCUGUGACCAUUUCCACAAGAAGCCCAUCAUGAUCCCUCACAUCCCCAAGGAGACCAUCGUGAUCCCCCACUUCCACAACAAGCCGGUGCCCGAGUACAAGCCGCCGACGCCCGUGCCGGUGUAUCACGCGCCCGUGCCAGAGUACAAGCCGCCGACGCCCGUGCCGGAGUACAAGCCACCCACUCCAGCGCACUCCCACCCGACGCCGAUCUACCAUCCUCCUGCCGACCAGAAGACCCAGAACCCCGAGACGGACCCUGAGAAGUUCAAGAAGCUCCUCCCGUUCAUCAAGAAGAACCCCUUCUUCUUCCCCAAGUUCCGCAAGUUCCCUCCUGGCAAGGUGGAGAUCAAGGCUUAGAGAGAUUGGUGGGAGCUGAAUUGAAGCAUAUAGUAUUAUAUAGUUGGUUUGUCGGCAUCUACUGUUACGUAAUGCUACAUGGAUCCUUACCACUUUUGGUCUCAUCAGGGUGUUUCGUUAGCUCUUACAGGCCUCCAGCUUAUAGGAAUAAAGCAUUUGCUCUGAGGAUAUGUGCCUGGAUGAAACUACCUUAACUUAUUAGAUAAAUAUAUAUAAGUUUGCGUUUUUUUGUGGUCGA